CUCACCUUCAUGUCAUCAAGCUCCACCCACUCACUCACCCCUAUAUACCUAUUUAUUACACUCCGCCCACCCUCACCAGUCAUGUCAUCAAGCUCCACCCACUCGCCCUAUAUACCUAUUUAUUACACUCCGCCCACCCUCACCUUCAUGUCAUCAAGCUCCACCCACUCACUCACCCCUAUAUACCUAUUUAUUACACUCCGCCCACCCUCACCAGUCAUGGUCACCAGGCUCUGCCUUAAUAUGAGGGAAGUAACUGUCAGUUUCAUGAAUAUGUUGUGGGCUCUGGAUAGAGGUUUCUUCUGCUGCUUUUGUUGGGGGAUGGGCACAAGAGCUGCACAUUCACUUAUUAUUAUUACAGUCCAUUGUUGGCAGAAUGUUGGUGACCCAACUGAGGGAACUGGAGGAUGAAAUGGUCCAGAUGUGUUUGUUUCUAAUCAGGAGAGAAAAGAGGAUUAUGCUUUAUGUAUAAAAGAAUGGAAUAAACAGGAUGAGAUGGUCAGACUCACACAUUAAACUAGUGACAAAGCGGAACUGGGUCCCUAUGAGCAGAAAUAAACAGCAAUGGACUCAAUGAUAAAACCCAGAGCCCCCAGCGCCGCUCCCAAAUCUCUGACACAAAGCUUAAAAGAAUUCAAAACCGAUAAAAUGAUUAAAAAAAUAACAACAAAAAAGUGGAAGCGUCAGACACUGAAUAAGGGCAAAUGGGCGUGGGAACGGCAUUAGAAUGGCGACUGGAUGUCUUGCCUGGGGUCGGGCACCUCUGUGACGCCUUAUUAUCCACUUCUCUUUCAUUGCACUGAUAUUGUGUGCUUUUACUUACCCUUUAGAAAUUACACCGUCUCCUCUCAUUGGCCAAUACGAUUUCAUCCUUCUAACGUCAGGAGGAAAACCUGGAGAAUUGGCUUGGGGAUUAGGAGGAGCCUCGUCACUGGGUAAUAAGAACCAAUUCAAAAGCUUUAAAAUAAAACCAAAAACCAGAAGAGAACAUUCUAUAAAAUACUAAUAGUUCCCUUAAAGGCAGGAAUGCGCCCAAACCUGGAUUUGCCUGAAUCUGAGCCUUUUUAACAGGAUUUGGUUGAAUCCAAGAGCUUGGCCAAAGCAAAUCCAAACCCAAUAUAAAAUUAUAUAAAGAUGACUUCACUCUAAGCCGAGACACGGGGACAAAUAUCCAGGCUCCAUCAUUUGCGAGGUGUUUUUCAAAAAAAAAGAAAAAAAGGGUUCCCUAGAAGAGUUAUGACAAAAGUAUGAACAUUGAACAUGGUUACCCACCUUUGCACGUGCAGGAUUCUUGGUCUGAAGCUCAUUAGAAUGAUUUGGAAGCAAGCUUUAAUUCUCUUGUGGGUCACAGCUCUGGCACUGGGUGGCCCAUCCCCGACGUCAUGCCCAGCCCUUUGCACCUGCAGUAACCAGGCCAGUCGUGUCGCUUGUACCCGGAGGGAACUGGUGGAAGUGCCAGAGAGCAUCUCUGUUAAUACGCGAUAUCUGAAUCUUCAGGAGAAUAAUAUCCAGGUCAUUAAGACAGACACUUUCAAGCACCUUCGUCAUUUGGAAAUUCUUCAGCUCAGUAAAAACGCCAUUCGCAACAUUGAGGUUGGAGCUUUUAAUGGACUCCCAAACCUGAGCACGCUGGAACUUUUUGAUAACCGCUUGACCACUGUCCCAACUCAAGCCUUUGAGUACUUGUCAAAGCUGAGGGAGCUGUGGUUGAGAAAUAACCCAAUUGAAAGUAUACCCUCUUAUGCGUUCAACAGAGUUCCUUCUUUGCGGAGACUGGAUUUAGGGGAACUUAAAAAGUUGGAGUAUAUCUCUGAAGCUGCCUUUGAAGGUCUUGUGAACCUGCGAUAUCUCAACUUAGGCAUGUGUAACUUAAAGGAGAUACCCAACCUUACAGCUCUGGUGAGACUCGAGGAACUGGAACUCUCUGGAAACCGUCUGGAAAUGAUCCGCCCAGGCUCUUUUCAAGGGCUGAUCAGUCUUAGAAAGCUGUGGCUGAUGCAUGCCCAUGUUGCCAUCAUAGAACGCAAUGCCUUUGAUGACUUAAAGUCUCUAGAGGAACUGAAUCUCUCUCAUAACAAUUUGAUGUCUCUUCCCCAUGAUCUUUUCACACCUCUCCACCGCCUGGAGAGAGUGCAUCUCAACCACAACCCCUGGCAUUGUAAUUGUGAUGUAUUGUGGCUAAGUUGGUGGCUAAAAGAGACCGUACCUAAUAAUACAACAUGUUGUGCCCGUUGCCAUUCACCUCCCAACCUAAAAAUGAGAUAUAUUGGGGAGCUAGAUCAGAGCCAUUUCACUUGCUAUGCCCCAGUGAUAGUGGAACCCCCCACUGACCUUAAUGUGACUGAAGGCAUGGCGGCUGAACUUAAGUGUCGAAGUGGUACGUCGAUGACCUCUGUAAACUGGUUGACACCAAAUGGAACCUUGAUGACCCAUGGCUCUUACAGGGUGCGCAUUUCAGUCCUUCAUGACGGCACACUGAAUUUUACUAAUGUAACGGUUCAGGAUACAGGCCAGUACACAUGUAUGGUGACCAAUUCGGCUGGAAAUACAUCCGCCACUGCCACACUUAACGUGUCUGCUGUUACUGAUCCCUCAACCACUGAUUAUACAUAUUUCACUACUGUAACUGUUGAAACUUUGGACUCAAACCCAGAGGAGACAAAACCUAUUGACAAGGAGCCUGGUCCCACCCCGACGGUCCGAUGGGGGAUUACAUACUCCACCACCUCCCUCACACCACGCAGUACACGUUCUACGGAAAAAACCUUCACAAUCCCAAUCACAGACAUGACGGGGAACAUUAUGAAGGAUCUCGAUGAUGUUAUGAAGACCACAAAAAUUAUCAUAGGAUGUUUUGUGGCUAUAACUUUCAUGGCAGCCGUUAUGCUGAUCGCAUUUUACAAACUUCGAAAGCAGCACCAGCUUCACAAGCACCACGGGCCGACACGGACUAUCGAGAUCAUUAAUGUAGAAGAUGAGAUACCAGCCACGGCCCCGGGGGACAAUCACAUGGCCCUACCAGCCAUCGAGCAUGACCACCUCAAUCAUUACACUGCGUUUAAGACCCACUAUAACAACAAUACGGGAACCCUUAACUGUGCCAAAAACCCCAUGCUGAACUCCAUCCACGAACCCCUUUUGUUUAAGAGCAGCUCAAAGGAAAACGUUCAAGAGACGCAAAUUUAGCAGAAAGAACCGGGCAAUUCGUGAAUUUCAAAUGACAGAAAAUACUUUUCCACAUCUUCAGAAAGAACUUGCGAGCGUGUCCAACCAUGAGAUGAGUCUGUUUGGCUUGUGAUACCCUGAGAGUCUUUUCAUAGCGACUGGUCUCACGGAAUUCUUGGACUAAUAGAGAGACACCCCAGACAAAGCACUGACACAAACUGAAAAACCUUUUGAUAAUUUCCAAGGGAUGUUUCACUCUCCGACUACCUGAUGUAUUACUAAAAAAAAAAAUAAUUAAAAACCUAAAAAAAGAUUAGAAAAAGGGGGGGAAUGUAAUGAAAAGAAUAUGUAAGGAAAAAAAAGCUUAUUUUGUGGUACAGCUCUUUAUGUGUAAAUUCUAUUUCAGAUCUAUUUUAAUCAAGGAAAGGUGUUACGGAACAGAAAAAUCAAUCCUGGGAUUACUGAGGCAGUAAAUUGCAUUUUUUAUUAAUAGUCUCACUAAAGAGUUUCUGUUGAAUAAUUGUGUGACACAAAAGUGUUGAUGCUUCUCAUAGAUCAGUUGAGGGUCAUUGUUGGGAUUUGCUAGCCGAGGGUGCCGGCUGUGGAGUACUGGCCCCACCGACUGUCACUUGGCUCAGUUCUAAUCCGUUUGGACAUUUCAUUGAUAAUAAUAAUGGGAAGUGGAAGGAAACGUGUCGGGGACUCCCUGCACCCUCUGCCGCUUCCGAGGGGGUUUUCUUUUCUUUUUUUUUCUAAUUAAAAAUAAUAAAAGGUUUUUCCAACCUUUAAAUAUGUUUAUUUUAAAAGUUACUGUGCCAUAGAAACAUUUAAAAUGUGCCAAUUAUCUUCUGAACUUUACAGAAAAACAUGUGUAUGAAAAAAAAACAGGUUUUUACAAAAAAAAAUUGUUUUUGGGACACAUGGAGGACUCAAUUUUCAUUCUUCUGCCACAGGAAUAUUUGGGCCAGUUAUUUUUUCUGGAUUUACGUCUAAAAAUGAAGUGUGAAAUCAUGACAUUGAUAUGAACUUUUGUUUUUUCGCUUUGUUUUUUUCUUUUUUUAGUUGAUUUGAUUUUUUUAAUAGGCAUUUUUUUGAAUGAUCCUUGAAGGUAUUCUUGUGCCAAGAAGAAGAAUGGAUUCUCUCUCUGACAAUGAUUCUAUACAGGAAGGGCAUUGCCAAGUCUACAAAAACAAAUAAAAAAAUGAAAAAGA